AUGAAAAAAAAGCGAUCGGAUUUCAAGUUCGGCAAACUUAUCGGGGAAGGCUCCUUCUCCUCUGUUUACCUCACUAAGGAAAUUUCGACAGGUAGCGAGUUUGCAAUUAAAGUUUUAGAAAAGGUACACAUUUUAAGAGAGAAAAAGCAAAAGUAUGUUAUGCGCGAGAAAGAAGCGCUUCUAAAAAUUGAUCACCCAUUUUUCAUUAAGCUACAUUUUACCUUUCAAGAUGAAGAUCGCUUGUAUUUUGGGUUAAAUUAUGCCCGCAAUGGGGAAUUGUUAGACCACAUAAAAAGAUUAGGCAAUUUUGAUCUAAGCACUUCCAGAUAUUAUACUGCAGAAAUUGUUUUAGCUCUUGAAUAUUUACAUUCAAUUAACAUUAUCCACAGAGAUUUGAAACCUGAAAACAUCUUGCUGAAUGAUGGCAUGCACAUUCAGAUUACUGAUUUCGGAUCAGCCCGCAUUUUAACUGCUGAGGAUUUGGAUGAAAAUUUCAAUAAUCUUCAACUCAAUUCCAACGAGCAAAGAACUAGAAGGCAUUCCUUUGUUGGAACGGCACAAUAUGUUUCACCUGAAGUUCUGAACAGCAACAUAUCUUGUUUCAGUUCUGACUUAUGGGCAUUAGGUUGCAUGUUGUUUCAGUUUCUCACAGGCAAUCAUGCUUUUUCAGGCAACCACGAGUACCAAAUCUUCCAGAAAGUUAUCAAGCUUGAGUAUAAAAUACCAGAUGAGUUUGAUGAAUCAGCAAGAGAUCUUGUGGAGAAGUUAUUAGUUCUCGAUAGAAGUAAAAGAUUAGGCUGUCGUGAAAUGGGAGGCUAUUCAGUACUGAAGUCACAUAAAUUCUUCGGUGACCUGGAAUGGAAUAAUUUAAUUAAUGCUGUCCCACCUCUUCAUCCACCUGACAACAAAAACAAAUGA